GUCCUUCCAUGACCCUCUCCACCUCGACUAUUCUCCCUCGAGUUCGCAGCUUCUGCCCUUCCUCUCCACGAGCGGAGGCUCCACACCGUCCCAAUUGUAUGCCCCCGCGAAGAGGCGCCCGUCAUGUCCACCUCUGAACCUCCUCCGGGCCGUCGCCCUAGCAUUGGCGCGAGCGCGCCGCAGGCUCGCGCAGUACUCUCGGCCGAAGACGAAAGAGAGCUUGCUCUCCUUGAAGCUUCCUUCAGUCGGAUUCGGCGCUCUGUGCGGCCUACUCCAUACAUCUUGUCGACCCCGUCCUUAUAUCCAUAUCGUCAUCGCUCAAGGCAGGAGGAAAGAGCCUGGAUGAUGGGACAGCGCAUGUGGGAGCCAACAGAGGAGCACUUGCAGUACAGGACAUUUCUCUUUCAUGACCCGUUACAUAUCGACUGCUUCGUCUCGCACCCAGGAGAGGAUUACGGAACUGAACCCAGGCGACCCAGCUCGCAAGCGUCGAAUGCGACACACUCAACCCCUAAGCAGAAGUUGAGCUUGAGUGAAUGGAAGGCUAAGCAGGCCAACGGCGCAAUUUCCUCUGGCUCAAAGAACGAACCCCGGAAGGUGGAACCCUCAAAGGCCGACGGUGCAUCGUCGCAAAAAGAGCCGGGGAGCAAUCCUCCGUUGUUAGCGACCGCUAGGCCCGAGACGAGCCUCCCUCAGAAACGGCCUGCUACAGAAACUCUGACUCCAGAGGUACCCGAAAAACGUAUCAAGGAGGAUCCUCCUUCGAUCCCACCGCCUCCGAAAACAGCCCUUCCCAGCGAUAGUCCGAAGGCGAGUCCUGAGAAGACCGUGCCAUCCGAUGGAACUCCACAUGGUCUUCCCCCGCUCCUGUCCCCUGUGGAUCAGACAUUCAACAACCCCUACGGUCUUCCGCCGAUCUUAUCUCCUACCCUGCCUUCUAACGUGCAAGCGGAGCUGGAUAAAAUGGCCGAGAAGAGUCAACACGGAGACUCCGACGUCUCUGCCUCGUCAUCCGACGUGAAAAACCAGGUUCUUAGUACAAAUGAACAAGGUCCGCAAAGACAAAAAUCUCCCGGCGCCCGCGAUUCUCGGGUGAGAUCAGCUUCUAUAAACGGGAAACCAUCUACCAGCGUCUUAUCAGAUCACGAAAAGUCCUCGGAGCGAUCUCUCAUUGUGAAACUCAGAUACGGCAAGUAUGGGAAAAGGCUUUCGGCCACGAUCGCGCAGCUUCUCAAGCUGCCUGCCUCCCGUAAAGCUCAAUCUGUGGCUCAAAAGAACGGGUUGUUACCGGGUGGUUCCCACGAAACAUCUGCAAGCUCUCAGCCUAUUUCUACGGAAGAACCCACCAGCAAAAGGAGCGUCUUGCCGAAGAAAGCGGUGCGCCCUGCGGACUCUGCUACGCCAGAGGUCGCAUCCAGCGGCGUUGCAACAAAGGUAGCGGAAAAGCGGCCUCGCGGUGAGGAUGAGGCCUCCAUUGGCCAUUCCUCAAAAAAGACGAAGCCGUCUCAGGAUUCCUCGCGUACGCCAACCCGUCAGACAUUGUCAUCUCCUCCAAAGUCCAACAAGUCCAGCGCGCAAAAGAGCCAAAAUACAUACUCCACCCCGCUUAAGGAGCACAAAGCUGUCAACAUGCUACGGACUGCGUCAGUGGAGAGUACCGAUUCGACUCCUGGACGCUCCGGAAUCACUCCAUCAAAUACGAGACCGAUGGAUCCGAAGGUACCGUUGUCGGCUUCCUUGAGUGGGAGGAAGCAGGCCGACUCCCAUCUCCUCUCCCAGAUAUCUCAGAAUUUCAAUAACAUGGGCCGAUCCCUAAAACAUAAAGCGCAGAAUGUCCUUACCGAGAAAGGAAAACAACUGACGAAAGGCGACUCUAAAGUUACUUCAGUAAUCAAUUUGGAGUGCAUAAUAUCAUAUAUGGUUGCGUAUGCGGCGCAAGACCAGUGGAACAGCCUCCGGGGUCGCCCAGGCGACGUGAAGACCACCUGGAAGACCCUCUUACCGCUCACUAUCUCUUAUGCUAGCCGCACUCAAGACUUUCCACACCUCGACGGCCUCCGACACUAUCUCUGCGCUGUGCAAUGCUCGGUCGUUUGUAACCAUAUGGCUCCACGUGGGUCACAGUACAAGACAAACGAUGCUCCCGAAGACAUGGCGCACGUCGACCUUGCCAACAAGUAUACUCGCGUGACGGAAUACUUCAAGCUCCUCUCAGAGAAGUACAUGCAGCUGUCGCGCGAGAUGCUCGAUGCGCGAAUCAAGCUUCCCAUCGAAGUCAUCGAAAACGACUACCCGAAAACGUGGCAAGGCAGGGAGACGAAUGCGCGCUUGGCCAAAUCCCCCGAGAAGUUCGAAUCCGGGAAUCUUUCCGGGCCUUACUUUCUCCCCAUCCAGCCCGACACGACUCCCUUGCAAGCCGUGCGAUUUGGCCUCGCCUUCCUCAAGGAGUAUUGCGAGAGGGAAAAGCUGGAUUACACGUUCCAGUUCAAUCUGGAGAGUGUACUUGAUUGAUUAAGAGGCUGGAUUACAUAUUCCUCUCCAAUCUCGACA